CUUAACUCCUAUAUAUAUGCGCACACAGAUCCACCGUGUGAGUGUCCGCUGACUUCGUUUGAAGAUCGAGAUUCACGCCUGGUCGGAGAUUUUCAGCUUCUUUCUCAACGAUUUUCAAAGUCGGUGGAGCAGCAUGAACAUUACCCUGAUUCAUGUUCUGGCGGCUGUCAUCUGGCUCGCUAUGAGCGUCGAAGGACUGUUAUGCUACACUGGAAGUGCUGGUUUGGAGAUUCCUGAAAAACUUACCACAUGUGCAGCAGGGGAAGACUCAUGCGUGACGAUGGAACUGACUCAGAGUGAUAUUCCUUACCAGGCCAGAACCUGUGCCACAAGAGCACAGUGCAAUGCGUUCGACUUCAAGGACCAGAUGAAACAAUACAUCCUCGGAUUACUGUCGACGUUCAAUGGCACCGUCGAUAGCACCUCCUGCUGCCAAACAAGUUCGUGCAACAAUGAACCAACUGUUAAUUGCAGAACCGGAAGUGCUGAUUUGGGGAUUUCUGAACAAUUAAUUAAAUGUCCAAUCGGGCAAGACUCAUGCGUUACGAUGCAACUGACUGAAAAUGGUAUUCGCUCCUUGGCCAGAACCUGUUCCACAAAAGCACAGUGCGAUGCGUCCGACUUCAAGUACCAGAUGAAACAGUACAUCCUCGGAAAACUGCCUAAGUUCGUUGGCAACGUCGAUAGCACCUCCUGCUGCCAGACAAGUUAUUGCAACUACGUGAGUCAAUACUGCUAUACUGGAAUUGUCGGUUUGGAAGUUGCUGAAAAGAACACGUACUGCCGUUCUGGACAAGACUCAUGUGUGACUGCACUGCUGAUUCAGGGCGAUCGAAUGUUCAAGGGCAAAAUUUGCUCCACCCAGGCACAAUGUAACGCGCCCGACUUUAAGACGCAGAUCAGACAAACCGUCGUGAGCAUGAAGCCCUCGUUCACGGGCAUCGUCAAGUACUACAGCUGCUGCCAAACAAAAAACUGCAACGGCGCCACUGGAAAGAUCUGCUACUAUGGGAGUGCCGGACUGGGAAUCACCGAAGAAUAUAAGUUCUGCGCGACAGGCGAAGACUCCUGCUUAACCACCACCCUAACGCAGGGUGGCAAAACAUUCCAAUUCAGGGGAUGUGGCGUCACGGCGGCGUGUGCGACGUCCGAUUACAAGACGGAGAUAAAGCAAUACAUCACCGGCAUCGCCUCUUCAUUCACCGGCACCGUGAACGAUUACACCUGCUGCCAGACCGAUCUCUGCAAUGGCGUGACCGAUGGUCGUACUUGUCGCUUCGGAAGCAGCGGGUUGGGAGUUCCUGAAGUCGACCAGGCCUGUGCACCAGGGGAAGACUCGUGUGUGACUGCUGUGCUAUCACAGGGUAAGUUUGUUCUGGUAAAAAUCACCACUUUUUUAGCAUCUGUAGUGAGUUCAACUGAGUCACAGACAUACUCUUUGGAGGCAACACAUUUAUUAACAACAACACACAGUAACUGCCCCUUAACAGAAUAACAACCUAUGGUGGUGACCACCAGGUUAACUACACUAUUUACACUAUAACUAGCUACAACGGACCAGACCACAGCUUGGGUCCCGGUCCACGUGUUGGAGACUCUUAUAGGACGUAGAACGUAUAAUUAUUCAGGAUGAACAACAGCAGCCGGUCCCUCUGGGGGACCCGGCUUAUAUCCUCACGGGUCGUGGCUGUCUCCGUGUUUGGCCACGACCACCUGCCAGAAUCCUCGAGCAGAAUCUCGACCCUGACACGUGACCACCCCUAGCCCCCGCCUAUAGGACGUAGAACAUAGACGAAGUUUUCUACAGGAUGAACAACUACGCCGGUCCCUCUGGGGGACCCGGCUUAUAUCCUCUGCGGCGUGGCUGGCUCCGCCCCUGGCCACGACCACCUUCCAGAACCCUCUAGCAGGAUCUCGACCCAGACCACGUGACCACCCGAGCCCCCACCUGGGGCCCUUUGUAGACUUAACUGGUCACAUGUCCUCUCGGGUCAACCGAAGUGUCAUGGCCUAUAGUAAACCCGUUCCUAUGGCCGGCACUUCCAGACCCUAUCCUGUAGGGCUGGCACUGCACGCCAAGCGUGUGAAGGAGUACUGCAUAGGGCUGGCACUGCAUAGGGCUGGCACUGCACGCCAAGCGUGUGAAGGGUUACUGCAUAGAUCUGAACGUGUCUGCCCGGUUGCUGUAUCAGCUUCCUAUUGCCGAACGAAUAUACAGCAUUAGGUCGCACUGAUCACACACACACACAGUGUGCAAUUGCCACAAAUGACCCACCUUACCUUACUGAUCUCAUCAAGGAACAAUAAACCAUCGUCACGUGAACUCCGCUCAUCCUCGCAGCAGCAGUGAUAUUUGGCUGCUGGCCAUUGAACUCAGAUGGUGGUCACCAUCGCGCUUCGCUUUCAGAUGCUAUAGACACUGCUUUACUAUACAGCACACUAUAUACACUGCUAUACACUGCACACUACUAUACACUAAACUUUUGCCUAGCUGUCGAACAAAGACAGUCAACACAUCAUCGCACGGCGCUUUCAGAUGCGCUUCUGCGGCCGUAUGGAAAGCUGUUUGUUCUGAUAUUACUGGGAGCUGAACACUUUUAAAUCAUCAUCUAGAUCGACAAACUCAUUUCUUUAGAACUGCUUGUUUUGUUUAGUUUGUCCUUCCCCCUCAACUCCAAUUAGCGCGGUUGGCUAUGUACAUACAUACUAAACUCUCAGCAAUUUUAAUUUUACCAGGUAAUGCCCCCUGAGCUAUGUAGCUCUUUUUCAAAAGCGACUUGGCUUUAACAUAUGAUAGCAGCUCAAUGAAGUGGCUGAUAUCAUCAUCACGUGAAAAUUUAUAGCAACAGCCAAAUACUCUAAACAUGUAGAGAUGUUGAUUCUAAAUGUGCAGGGGGAAAAAACGGAGGACCUGGAGAAAAAUCCAUGCGACCACGGGGAGACAAGCAGACUCCAAAUAUACAGCAGGCAUCAGGGUCGGGAUUGAACUCACGCUCCACUAUAUACCAGGCGAGGGAUUUCGAGUGGAAUGAUGCAGUUGGCGGAAGGGGCGUGCUACAAGGGUAUUGAGUAACGAGUGACGGCAGUGAUAGAGGGGGUAUUUGGGAAUCGCGCGAAGGGGUUACAGGGAAGGAUCAGGAAGAAGUGGAGGGGGGCGUGGUGGAGGGGAAAGAGGCAGGGGAAUGGGUGACGAUGGAGAGGAGAUGAGACUUUAAGAGAGGGAACGGAAAGAGUUUAAGGAGAGGGAAGACUGCUUAAUGUACAGGGGCAGUGUUGAGUCUAUGGAUAGCAGUGCCGAGUGUGUGGGUGGCAGUAUUGAGUUUAUGGAGUUAUUGCUGAGUCUAUGGGUGGCAGUGUUGCGUCUAUGGGUGGAAGUGUUGAGUCAUGCGUGCAGUGUUGAGUCGAUGGGUGGCAGUGUUGAGUCUACGGUGCCGUGUAGAGUUAUAAAUGCUCUGAUACGUCCAUUGUUUUGUACUGUUCCCCUUUUAAUGUUCUCUGGUUUGACACUUGUGUCGAGACACUGCUAGUGAGACACUGCUAGUGAGACUAGGCCAUAAAGAAGGCUGCUGUCUCUGGUGUAGGCCAAUCAAUGUCAAAGACAAUGCCUACAUGACAGUAUGUAACACAAUUUUUUUUAUGCCUAAAAAGUAUAGAAAAUGGCUAUUAUUCCACACAAACUUUGCUUUUGUGACCGGGACAGUGAUAUUUUGAAAUUUACCUAUUUUCAAUGAGAAAACAGGCGAAUUUGUCUCUUUUCGUUCACAUAAAGUAAAAAAAACAACUUAUAAAUCAAAAUGAAUAUGUAUUCAUACUAAAGUAAUACAAAAAUUACUACAAAAGAUUUAGAAGUGAGUAGUUUUUCGAGAUUUUUGAUGAAACUGUGAACCACUUUCACAAAUCAGCCCGCGAAUGUUCUCGUUAUACUGUCCUUUGUAUCGUUGUUCAAAGUCCAGUAUAUCCUGGUGGAAGUGCUCGCCUUGCUCCUCCAAAUACGCUCCCAUGUUCUCUUUGAAUUUAUCAAGAUGAGCAUCAAGGAUAUGGACUUUGAGGGAAAUUCUACAGCCCAUUGUGCCAUAGUUCUUCACCAUUCUCAACCAGCUCCACAUAGUUUUCAGCCUUGUGAUUGCCCAGGAAGCCACGAACCACUGCGACAAAGCUGUUCCAAGCCGCUUUCUCCUUGCUAGUGAGCUUCUUGGGGAAUUCAUUGCAAUCCAGGAUCUUCUUUAUCUGUGGUCCGACGAAGACACCGGCUUUGACUUUUCCCUCAGACAGCUUAGGGAAGAAGUCUUGAAGGUACUUGAAGGAUGCUGACUCCUUAUCUACAGCUCUGAUAAAUUGUUUCAUAAGGCCCAAUUUGAUGUGCAGUGGUGGCAUCAGCACCUUCCUGGGGUCCACCAGUGGCUCCCACUUGAUGUUGUUCCUCCCCACAGAGAACUCGGUCCGCUGUGUACAGCCGCGCCUGUGGUAGUGCGCCUUGGUGUCCCUGCUGUCCCUAAGGCAAAGAUAGCAGGGAAACUUGGUAAAACCGCCUUGAAGACCCAUCAGGAAUGCCACCAUUUUGAAGUCUCCGAUGACCUCCCAGCUGUACUCAUCAUACUUCAAGGCAUCCAGCAAGGUCUUGAUGCUGUUGUAAUCCUCUUUGAGGUGCACCGAGUGAGCCAGGGGAAGAGACGAGUACUUGUUACCAUUAUGGAGCAGCACGGCUUUGAGACUCCUGGAUGAGCUGUCAAUGAAGAGGCGCCACUCAUUUUGGUUACAGGCGAUUCCGAUUGCCUCGAACAGACUGGUCACAUUGUGGCAGAAGCAAAGCCCAUCUUGACGGGUGAAGAAGCUGCAAAAACGUUGGUGACGCUUCCUCUGAUCUGCGACUUGCACACUUGCAUCCAACAAGUUUCACUGCUUGAGCCUAGACGUCAAAAGCUUGCCAUUGGACUUGGUAAGACCAAGAUCUCUGAUCAAGUCGUUGAGAUAUUUUGGUUGGGGUAGUAUGGGUUUAUCUCCUCAGCUCCACCUCUGAAAUUGGCAUCUGGAUCUAUAACGUCUUCCCUCGCUCUCUGACUUGCUGCUAUCUUCUAAAGACGGCUGCUCUCUCUCCAGAGGAGUGGGUACGGGGAGCUCAUGACAGUGUGACAUCGGGGCGCUGGAUGAAGGAAGUUACAGAUACGUGAUAGCAGGUGCAUUCUUGCCAGUUCGACGUUUGGAAGGGUCCCCCAUGCAGAUGUAGCAGUUGCUUGAGUGGUCAGUGAUUUCCUGCCAAAUUCUUGAGAUAGCGAACUUCAUGGCUCUCGUUUCCCCUCUGUACCAUCCUACAAAAUAAAUUUAUUUCACCAAUGACUAUUAUGCAAGAGAUUCUCGCAACAUUUUUCAUAUAUUAUAUAUUUUUUUCAAUAACAUUAAAAAUUGUAAAACAUUUUAAAAUUUAAACUUGUACAAUUUAAACAUUUUUACAAAUUUUAUAACAUUAAAUUCCGAGCAACAAUUGUUAAUCUUCCCUUCCAAUUUUUUUGCAUUGCUCGCAGGUGAAAUCAGGUCCCCAGAGUUUGUCUUAAUCCCCAACAGGCAUGCCGAAAUAUGCCUUGUAGGCCUCACAUCUUAGCAGAUGCUUCCACAUAGUACUUUUUCGCUCUUGUCUUUAUAAAUUGGCCGCAGACAUAGAAAAAUGUGUCUGCCGGAUGCUUGCAGCCUCUUUAUGGCAUCUCAGAAAGAUGCAGAUGUGUCUACUUAAGCAGCUGGAACUAAACUGAACUGGUGGGCUGAAGGCAGCUGUAUUUAUAGUAAUAUUUAUAUUACUGGAAAGUUCUAGAAUGUUCUAGAAGUUACUCCAAAUUUACUCAGCACUGAAUCUAUCUGGAAUUCUCAUUGAAAAUAGGUAAAU